AUGUUCACCAGCUACACGGUGCGCGUGGCGGCGGUGAACGCCAACGGAAGGACGGCCGAGUACCUGGUGCGCAUGGCGGCGCUCACCGUCAACGGCACGGGCCCGUACACCCGCUGGCACGGCGCGCAGACCUUCCACCGGCUGCAGGUGGAGGCGGCGCGCCCCACCGAGAACACCAUCACGGUGCUGUGGUCGCCGCCGGAGAACAAGAACAUCCGCGUGCGGGGCUACACGAUCGGCUGGGGCCGCGGCAUCCGAACGCCGAGUACGUGGGUGUCGCUGCGGGCGCUGAACGCGGCCGGCAACGGCACGCCGAUCUACGAGACGGUGUGGACGCGACAGCCGCUGGACCAGCUGGACCGGCGCCCGCUGGUCAUCCCCACCGGAGGUCACAGACGGCCGGAUCUACGCGGUGCGCUACAGCAGCCAGGCAGCCCGAAGCGCUACCGCCACUACAACGCCUCGCAGCUCAACUGCAUGAUCGAGGGACUGCGACCGGCCACCACCUACGAGUUCUCUGUGCAGGCCGUGAAGGGUCGCCGUGAGUCGGACUGGUCGCUGGUGGUGGUGAAUCAGACGCGCGAGUCGGCGCCCGCCUCGCCGCCGCGUGACCUGACCAUCGUCCAGUCGGAGGACAACCCGGCCAUCAUCAACCUCAACUGGCAGCCGCCCAAGACGCCCAACGGCAAGAUCGACGGCUACGUGAUCCAGUACACGCCGGACCGGUCGCGGCAGGACGCGAGCGGCGGCGGCCUGGGCGACCACCUGCUCUACGUCAUCAUCGCCUGCUCCGUCACGCUGCUGCUGGUGAUCGGCAUCAUUGCGGCCGUCUGCCUCUGCAAGCGCAAGACGAGCCAGGAGUUGCCCCGGCGCGGUCACAAGAGCAACAGCUACGUGAAGGGCCAGACGGAGAUCGGCACGCCGGACUUGAAGCCGCCCGACCUGUGGAUCCACCACGACCAGAUGGAGCUGCGGCCCAUCGGCAAGCAGCGCUCGGACAGCUGCUCGACGCUGCGCCGCCAGUCGCCCGACUACGAGGUCGACGAGCGGUCGUACGCGUCGACGCUGGACCGGCGCGAGCGCGCCGCGCGCACCCACUCGCCCGUCGUCGGCAAAGCUGGCAGCUCGGCCACGGCACUAGCCAACGGCACGGUGGAGACGCGGCCCGUCUAUCCGCGCACACAGUUCAGCAUAUCGCGCAAUGUCGGCAGCGAGCCGCCGCCGCCUCCGCUCAAGCGGCCGUCGUUCGCCUGCGCGCCGCGGCCGGCCGACGGCGUCGGCACGCGCGAGGAGCUGACAACGCUCCGGCCAUCGUGCAGCACGGAAGAGUUAACGCAGGAGAUGGCCAACCUGGAGGGCCUGAUGAAGGACUUGAACGCCAUCACGGCCUCCGAGUUUAAGUGCUAG